AUGCAUUUCAGACCCAUAAUAAAACAUUAAGUUUUAUUCAUACCUGAUGAAUAAAUAUCUCAUUAUUCCAUUUUUCGCACCUCCGCAUGUCACUAACAGGAUACACUGCAUCCUGGAGAAGAUUAAAAUGGAUUCAUGAAGAUCAGUUCUUCUUGUAUAUAAAGAACUGAUACAGAUAAACCAGAGAAUUCGCCAAUUUAAUUACCAACUAUUCCUUUGUUACAUCAUGCAACAAUUUCAACUCAUUGUUUGUGCUCUGUCCCUGCUAGUCUUGAAGGUAUUUGGCCAAUUAUGCACCAACGCAAACUUUCAAACUGUCGGAAGGGUAGUGUUUGGUGAAGCCAGAGGGGAACCAAUGAGAGGGCAGAUUGCAGUUGCCUACAGCAUUGUCAAUAGAAUAAACCAUGAGGGGUAUCCGAAUAACCUUAAUUCAGUGGUUUACCAAAGAAUGAGUUCAGGAGGGUAUCAGUACGAAACCCUUGAUUUGGCGUCUCAUACUCGGGCUUGGAAUGAUGCCAAAAAAAGAAACACAAGGGAAUACAGAAAUGCAAUUAAAGCUUCAAGAGACGUGUUGUGUAGAAGAGUUAGUGAUCCAACAAGAUGCGCAACAGACUACUGCGCAUUUGAUCCCUGCCAUGCAACGAAGUCUAACCAGUGGUGGCGGGCAACCAACAAAAUGAGGAUCGGAAACCAUUACUUUGUUUGCCGCGUUCGUACCAGUGGAUGAUGCGGACGCUACAUGUCUUCUUUUUAUUCUGUGACAAAUGCUAUUCCUGAGUUGUUCCAAAACGGCUAACAAGUAAAAUAUGACAGACUUCUCAAUACAAUUAUAAGUCACAAAAUUAGAUAAGUAUUAUACUAAUAAAAGGU